AUGGCCGUCACUAAGCCAUAUUUGAGAGGUAUGGACCAUGCCAUAGCUGCGGUAGCUCCAGUAGCACCUCAUCUUGUCCAACAUAUUGACUAUGCAAGCCUACCCAAGAAAGACUGGCAUGACUAUGCAAGGAUAAAAUCUGAUGCUGCUAGAACUGGACCCGGGGAACAAGGAAGACCUUACAUAUUGAGUCCAGAAGAGAAAAAAAAUGAACACCAAGAUUUUUCUAAACAUGGUUUCAAUAAACACAUCAGCGAUGUCCUUUCUGUGGAGAGAGCAUUACCCGAUAUACGAGACCCAAGGUGCAAGACAAUGGAAUACCUUGUAAAGCUCCCCAACACUAGCAUUGUGAUACCAUUCCAUAACGAGGCAUUGUCAGUACUUAAACGUACAGUUCAUAGCAUUAUCAAUCGAUCACCGCCAGAGCUUCUUCAUGAAAUCAUAUUAGUGGAUGACUUCAGUGACCAUGAUGAGUGCAAAGAACCACUCAAUGAUUACAUGGUCACUGUCCCAAAAGUACGAAUAAUUCGAGCAACUAAGCGAGAGGGAUUAAUAAGAACCCGUUUGUUGGGUGCGAGUAGAGCUACUGGUCAAGUUCUUGUGUUUCUUGACUCUCACUGUGAGGCCAAUGUGAAUUGGUUACCACCAUUACUUGAGAGCAUUGCCCUAAAUCGCAAGUGUAUAGCAUGUCCAAUGAUUGACGUGAUUGGGAAUAAUGACUAUCAUUAUGAGACACAGGCAGGUGACGCUAUGAGAGGAGCAUUUGAUUGGGAACUGUUUUAUAAACGAAUACCUCUGACUGAAGAGGAACUGAAACGGCGUAAACAUGCCGCUGAACCUUUCAGAACACCUAUUAUGGCUGGUGGACUCUUUGCAGUAGAUCGUUUGUACUUUAAUGAGAUCGGUGGAUACGAUGCAGGAUUGGAAAUCUGGGGUGGUGAGCAGUAUGAUCUAUCAUUCAAG